AUGUCGUAUCCGAUUGAAAAGGCAACCCCCACCACCGACUCUCCGCAAGAGACGUCGGAUGUGGAAAGAUGCAAGUCAAACGAAAAGAACUCAGAACAGUCUCAACAGCCUACCGCAGAGAGACAAAAAUGGUACCAAUGGUUUGCGCCGACAGAUACUCCAGCCGAGCGUCGUCUGAUUCUCAAGCUGGACGGCCUGAUCAUCGUCUUCCUCUUUCUGGCCCAUUGGGCGAAGGUGCUGGAUUCGUCGGCGACGAGCACUGCCUAUGUGAGCGGUAUGAAAGAGGAUCUAAAGCUGUAUGGGAAUCAGCUUAAUUAUCUCAAUACGGUGUAUAUGGUUGGAUUCAUCACGAUGCAGAUUCCUCUGACAUUGGCGAUGACCCGCUGCCCGGUGAACUAUUUCCUCCCGGCUGCAGAUCUAUUGUGGGGUGUUUUUACUCUGGCACAAUACAAGGCCAGCACCGUGACCCAGCUUUAUGCACUGCGAUUCUUCGUCGGAGCCCUUGGUGGUUUCUUUUUUCCUGCUGUUCAAUGGUAUCUGGGCAGUUGGUAUAAGAGGUCUGAGCUUGCGCGUCGUGGAGCGAUCUUCUUCAUUGCUAGCCAGGUGGGCAGUAUGAGCUCGGGUUAUAUUCAAGCCGGUGCCUAUGCACGACUGGAUGGUCGGUAUGGGAUUGAAGGAUGGAGAUGGCUAUACAUCAUCUGCUUUGCCUGUACUAUUCCCAUCGCCUUCCUCGGUCUGUGCCUACUCCCCAGUACGCCAGACCGAUGCAACUCACGUUAUCUCACCCAGGAUGAGAUUCGCUUAGCACAAGAGCGCAUGGCCGCCGAACACCGCGAGCCCCGUCAACCAUUUACUAUUCCCAGAAUCAUCACCAUUCUCAAAGGGUGGCGCAUUUGGAUCCUCGUCGGGUUCGCCUUCUUCUUCUCUCAAGCUGACGGGGUCUCCUCGAAUAGCGGCCUGUCCCUCUGGCUCAAAGCAGAGAAUUAUUCCGUCGAAUCCAUCAACACCAUCACCACCGUGUCGCCAGCCGUCACUAUUGUCGCCUCGAUUGUGUGCGGCGUGAUAUCCGAUAUCUACGACGCCAAGGUCUCGUUGAUCGCUAUCACUGCGCUUCUUAAUAUCUUUGCCUGCCUGGUGCUUGCGAUAUGGAAGGUUCCGGUAGGGCUGAAAUUCUUCGCCUUCUUUCUGUCAGGCACGGCGGACGGUAUUGCGGCCAUCAUCUAUGCGUGGGCGAACGAGAUCUGUGCGCGCAGUGCAGAGGAGCGGGCCUUGGUUAUUAGUGCCAUGAAUACUAUUGGGAAUACGUUUGGCGCUUGGAUUCCUCUUUUUGUAUGGAAGACGGUUGAUGCGCCUCGAUAUUUAAUUGGGUAUAACUGGAAUCUGGCACUGGAUGUCUGCAUGUUGAUCAUGCUGUUCGUGCUACGGUAUUUCUGGGUGAGGGAGCAAAGGAGGGAUAGGGCAUGA